ACCACCAACGCCAUCGCACGUCUCAAUCCGCACCCGGCCGCCUAACAUACCUCCUUUCCUUUUUCCCCUACCGCAAUGCAGCUAUGUGUCGUUUCCGCUUUAUUUUUUAUGGGCGAGCGCUGCAGCGCUGAGACAUAGCGCUCUCUUUCUGUCGGAGGCUCGAGGUAGCGCGCUCCUUGUCUGCGGCGCGGGGAGCGGCGCGCGGGCGGUCGCGCGCGGAGCUUUGGUGGGGUCCGCUCGCUCACAGUCGACUCGGCCGCCGCCUCAGACGCACGCGUUGUUCUCGCACAUUCCGCGCUCCGGUGGCACAGAGUACUUAUUGCCAGAGCCGUUUCGUGACCGCACUGUACAUUUGUGAUUGUUAAAGUUAUCUCCAAAUGGUGGUACUUGAAGACGGUGGAAUGAUGACCUCUAAUCCCAAUCAGUAUCUGCAGCCCGAUUAUUUAUCGCCGCUUCCGUCCUCUUUGGACUCCAAGAAAAGCCCGCUUGCGCUAUUAGCGCAAACAUGCAGCCAGAUCGGCGUGGACACAUCUCCGGCCAAGCCGCUGCUGCCUCCUAUCGACAAGAAAAAAGUGAAUAGUGUUAAUAGUGACGUUAUCAGUCGUUCCUCGCCCAACUCCAGCAAGCAGGACAAACCGCGCUCCACGCCCGACAACAAACACCUCGCGUUCAAACCGUACGAGACAAAUGUUGUGACCAAAAAACCUGAGGAGACCCGUCCUUCCUCCAAAGCCAGCAUAGAUAGUUCAGAAGACAAAAAAUCCGGAAAAAGCACGCCCGGACGCAAAUCCACGCCGCCGACGGCAGAAAAUGGCAAAAGCAGUCCCUCGAAUGAGGCAAAGUCUUCACCCGCCGGCUCCUCGGGAACCAGCCCUAUCAUCCGCUCAGGAUUAGAAGUUUUGGGACACGGCAAGGACCAUCUUGCCGCGUUCAAGAAUUUACCCGGAUUGCCUGGAUUUAACCCGCUUGCGGGACUUUGCUGUCCGCCGGGAAUGGAGCAACACGCUAACCCGGCUUUCAGACCACCUUACGCCGGCGCUCCGUUCAGUGCUCAUCACGCUGCGAUGCUAGCCGCCGCCGCUGCGUUUCCCGGAUCUUCACCAAAUCCCUACCUCGGAUAUGCGCGAGUAAAAACACCCGCCGGCGGCGAAACUGUAGUGCCAGUGUGCAAAGACCCCUACUGCACUGGAUGCCAAUUCUCAGUGAACAACCAUCAUCUGCUAAUGAGCAACGGGUCGUGCCCGGCGGGUUGCACUCAGUGUGAACAUCAAAAAUACAACUUAGCGAUGGCAAUGGCCCUGUCGCAGCAAGGCGCCGCCGCCGGCGGUCUGCCGUACCCCCAGCUGAGCCGCCCCUACGUGUGCAACUGGAUUGUUGGGGAAUCUUACUGUGGCAAGAGAUUUGGUAAUUCUGAGGAGUUGUUACAACACUUGAGGAGUCACACGACGGAUGGAUCGACUCCGUCCUCAGCGGCGUCCACGCCGUCGCCUUCGCUGUUGAACCCGUUGAACCCCCUGUUCACGACGGCCGGUCUCCGCAGCGCGUACCCGACGGCCCCUCUCAGCCCGCUGUCGGCGAGUCGGUACCACCCGUACUCGAAGGCUGGUCUCCCGGCGAGCCUGGGCGCGUCUCCGUAUGGCGCCUUCAACCCCGCACUGGGCCCCUUCUACUCCCCGUACGCCAUGUACGGGCAGCGACUCGGCGCGGCGGCUGUUCACCAAUAAAAUUAGUGAAGUGAUAAAUCAGGACUGAUCGGACUGUUUUGUUAUUGUCCAAUUUUCUUCUGUGAUAUUGAUAGACUCUAACUGUAAGGCGUGACGCGCCAUGACAAAUUUAGUGAUUAGUGCAAUUUGAAAUAGUUAUUUAUGUAAGUGGACGAUAGGACUUAGCUUUUGGAGUGCGCCAGAGCUCGAGGAUUGUACAGCCAAAUGAUUUGUGUAAAUAAUCUCUAUGUUUAAUAUUAAAUGAAUUAUUUCAAAUAUAAUAUCUACAUACCAAUCAUGAA